GAGUCACCGUAGCUCAGGGGUUUGAGGACAGCGGUCUGAUGACGUCACAUAGGAGCGACAGGUUUCGAGGAGGAGACGUGAAGUCGUCGCGCGGGGAAGAUGAACUCAGAACAGCUAUUUGUGGAGCUCAUGCACGCGCGUGGGGACUCGGAGGCGUCCUGGUUGAAACAUGUCCUCAGCUUUGUCUCACAGCAGGUGUGUCCGCUGCUCACUGAGCCCGCCCCCGCUGCUGCUGACGACUUAUCGACAGGAGCUGUGUUGUCUGAUGUGUGUGUGUCUCUAAGUGUGUGUGUGGUGAAGACGCUGCAGGAGAUCACAAGUGUCACACACACGUUACCUGUCAGUUACAGGCUGGUGUCCAUGUCGGAGCUGGUGUCCCAGCAGCACCUGCCCUGUGUCAGUCACCUGUCCUGGAGCACCAAUCAGGAGCGAGCGUGGGCGAGGGAGGCGGAGCUCUCUCUACCAGGCAUAAAGGCUCUGCCACGGGUCAACUUGUUGCUGAUUGGCUGUCUGAGAGAGGGGCGGGGCGGAGAGUGGCGGCUGAUGAACAGCAGCGGGAGCGUCCGGUGUGAGUUCCUGUCUGUCUCUCCUCACUGGCUGAAUCAACUUGUCUUCCUCCCUCACUGGAACUACAUCCCCCACAAUGCCUUGGGGCAGGCUGAGCCUGGUGGAUAUGUCGAGGUGAUUGGUUCUCCUGUGCUUCUGUCUCCUGGUCCUGAGCAGGGAUUGGUUCCUGCUGAUGGAAGAGGGGCGGAGCUUAUUAAAGCAGUGGGGGUCAGAGAGGCUGCAGCCCUACUGCACAUCAGGGUUCCAGGUCAGAGAGCGUCUGUCUGUGGACAUGUGGGCUCAGUCUGCCCCCUGCUGGUCGUGGCAGGAACAACCUUCUUCUGCUUCACUCUGACUGAGGAGAGACACACGGUGUCCGUCCUCGUGAAGGAGAGCAGCCGGUUGUGGUGGUCUCAGUGUGUGUGUGUCGGUCAGAGUGUGUGUGUGACAGAGUUGCGUGUGUGUGUCCUACGAGGCUGGAGAGGAAACAACAUCCUGUGUGUGACCGACCAGUCUGAAAUACACACAAACUACACACCAGCACACACACUUAUGAACGACACACACGCUAAAUCCCAGUCAGACACGCCCCCUUCCAGGAUGCUGCAAACUGAUGAUGAUGUUUCUGAGGAGGCGGAGUCAGAGGGAGAAUCAGGGAGGAGUUUGAAACAGGCCAGAGUCAUCAGUUACCAGGGCAUAGUGACCGAGGUGGUUAGUGAAGGGGCGGGACUGUACGUGAUUGACAGGAAGGUGGGUCUCUGCCUGGCCUAUCAGCCGACUCGGAGGAGGAGCCUGAGAGCAGGAGACUCUGUAGAGCUCCACAACGUCCAUUUCCUGUACAGGCCCUGUCCAGACUUCCUUCCCAGCAUGCUUUGCACAUGUCUGCGCUCCAGCAUCAGGGUCACCAGCUUCAGCAGGGGGGGGGGGUGUCCCCCUGACACCACCUGUCCAGGUGAUGGAGCGUUACCACGGUUACUACUGGAGACAAACAGGGGCGUGUCCGAGUACCUGUGGACGUGUCACCUGAGCUCAAGACUCUCACACAGUCUGGUUCUCAAUGUGUUGAAGCAGCAGCAGUGUGUGUGUGUGUUGUCCUGGAAACUGAUGGAGUUAAUGUGGGGACGAGAGAGAGGACGAAUAAGACGGAGAGACAUCUACUCAGAGAUGUUGGACGAGUCUCACACGUGUCCUGUGACUCAGUACAGCGUGGACCCUGCAGUCCCUCAGUACGUCAGUGUCUCAGAGCUCGUCCUGUCUCUUAAGUCAGGCUGCUGGUCUUCAGUGUCUCUCAGAUCCCUGUUGCCUCUUGAUGGAUCCAGUCUGACCAGUUCUGAGAUUAAUGCCGCUCUGGCCUGGUCCUUCUGGACUCAGAGGUCUGACCCCCGGGACGACCUUCACAUCGGAGACACACUCAGACAGCGCCCCCUGCUGCUGGUGGGGAUCCUGGAGCUUCCAUCUCAAAUGUCUGAAAGUGAACAAGCUCUGCAGCUCCGAGACGGAACAGCAGCAGUGACCUGCAUCGUCACAGAAACCAGUGAGGAAGAGGAGGGAGGUCAGAGGGCGGCCUUCAACACUGCCUGGAUCGGUUGUCUGGUGUGUGUCCAUCAGUUCACCAUGGUGACGGAGAGAUUCCUCCAAUCAGAUUUCCCCUCCUGUCAACAUCUGGACCAGGAGCAGUUCAUCACACACAAACACUGCAGAGUUUAUCUUCAGUUCUCUCUGGACCACCUCCACAUCCUCAGUCCAUCUGUCUCCAUGAUGACUCUCCUGAGACAGAGGGGCGUGGCGUCAGCAGGUGAAGAAGAAGAAGAAGAAAAAGAAGAAGGGAGGAAGAGGAGGAAGAAGAGGAGGGAGGAGGCGGACGCCCCCCCCUCUGCCUCCUCUGUUUCCAUCGUGUUCAGGGUGGAGCAGAAGGGGGGGUUGGCCUGGAGGAAUAUGGGCGAUGAGGGGGGGGGAGUUGUACUGGACUUCACAGUCCGAGUUGACGUGAUUGGUCCAGUGGUCAGCUGGGGGCGUGACCCAAAGAACGUCCAAGUGACAGACAGAGAGAUAAAGAGAGAGGAAGAGAAGGUGGUCCUAGUGUUCUCAGGUGUGUCUGCAAGAUGGUUCCCUCUCCUUCAGCCUGGAUGCUACUACAGACUUGUAGCUGCUAACGCUCAGGAUCCCAGUGUUCUGAUUGGUUGUGAUGGUUCUGGGCGGAGUGGAAUGGAGCUGCACACUGACUCCACCCUACAGAUCCAAUCUGAUUGGAGGGUCCACACCCUGACACGCCCACUGCAGCUGCACACUUGCAGACAGCCUCUCUCGCCCACAGUCCUGUCUGUCUCUGACGUCCUGGACUGCAGCUCAGAGCUGGUUUGUUUUCAGGGUCUGGUGUGUGACAGAAUCAGUUUGAACAACAGGACGUCUGAAUGUGGACACACACGUACAAACACAGGUGUCCGUCUCACCAUGUGUGACCGAGGUGGGAGGAGUCUCAAGGUGUACCUGGACUUAAGCCACACCCCCUACCCACCUGGCCUGUUGCCAGGCAACACACUGAGGCUGUCUGCUUUCCAGAGGAGGUUGUCCAGGACAGGAGGUGUGUACUGCAGCAUGUUACCUGUCAGCUGCCUCAGUGUCGUCUCUCUGGGAGACUCCAGAUCUGCUCCACUUCCUCCUGCUCCCAUCAUGCAUCUGGGUCCAUGGGCUCUGAGGGGGGAGCAGAGUGGCUCUGUGGGUCAGGUCAAAGGUCACGUGGUGUGUUUUCUGUUUGUGCAGCUGCAAUGGAGCUGCUCGCUGUGUGGGAGUCUUUACUCUCAGUCUUGUUCCAGUUCUCAGUGUCGUUCGACCACCUCGGUCUUUCAGUCCAAAGCAAAAUUGGUGAUUGACGAUGGGACCGGUGAGGCUCACGUCUGGUUCUCAGGUGCUCUGGUUCGUCCUCUGCUGGGAUUGGCUGAUUCUCAGUGGGAGGGGCUUCAGAGGGCUCUCAGGGUCAAAGGUCACAUCAGAGUGUACCCACGUGGGCGGAGCAUGGUGUGUGAUGAAGACGACCCGCUCCUCCACUUCCUGUCGGCCGUGUGCAGCAGUGAUGUCGUGUGUCAGCCGCUCACACUCACCUGCAGGAAACACAACAACCAGAGACCAGAGGAGAGGAGGAGAUUCAGUCGAGGAGACAGAGACUUCAUGACCAGGAUGACUCCGCCUCUCCAGCUCACCUGUCUGACUGUCACACCUGAGGUCACAUGACUGUAUGUGACCUCAUGUGACCUCAUGUGACCUUUACUUGAUGUACCUGGGUUAGGGUUAUCUAAGCCUAAGGUUAACCCGAUCUCAUGUGAUCUGAGGUCACCUGACUCCCUCACAGGAUGUAGGGUGUUGAUCUCCACGUCACCACCAGGUGGAGCCAUUUCAUGUGUUUUAAUGAUGUAAAUAAAGUUCAGGUGUUAUUUUAUACCAACUUUCUGUUGUCAUGGAAACAUGACUAACAUGCACAUGUGGUUAAAUGUAGAACAAAUAAAUAUUUUUACAUUUAA